AUUCAGUUCGCUGGCGCCGGCUGGGGAGGGAUAGGCGGGCUUUAAUCCGGAGUCACUGUCCAAAAAGGGAAACCGCAGACCUGAGUUCUUCUUGUUUAUCUCCUGAUUUGGAAGCUGGACUCUUUCCUUGGGCCACAAUGAAGCGGCCUUGUGAGGAAACUACCUCAGACAGCGAUAUGGACGAGACUAUAGACGUAGGGAGUGAAAAUAAUUACUCUGGGCACAGUGCCAGUUCAGUGAUCCGAUCAAAUUCGCCUACGACAACAUCUCAGAUCAUGGCCAGGAAAAAGCGAAGAGGGAUCAUAGAAAAAAGGCGCCGUGAUCGCAUAAAUAACAGUCUAUCCGAACUGAGGCGGCUUGUGCCAACAGCAUUUGAAAAACAAGGAUCUGCCAAAUUAGAAAAAGCAGAAAUCCUGCAAAUGACAGUGGAUCAUUUGAAGAUGCUCCAGGCGACAGGCGGGAAAGGUUACUUUGACGCUCAUGCUCUCGCCAUGGAUUUCAUUAGCAUUGGGUUUCGAGAAUGCUUAACUGAAGUUGCGAGAUACCUGAGUUCAGUGGAAGGCCUGGACACAUCUGACCCUCUAAGAGUUAGACUAGUCUCUCAUCUCAGUUCAUGUGCUUCUCAGAGGGAAGCCGCAGCAAUGACCUCGACCAUGGCACAUCACCACCACCCUUUGCAUCCGCACCACUGGGCGGCAGCUUUCCACCAUCUCCCUGCGGCUUUACUGCAACAGAAUGGACUCCACACUUCUGACAUCUCCCCUUGCAGACUCUCGACAGCAUCAGAAGUGCCUCCCCAUGGAUCUGCUCUUCUCACGGCCACUUUUGCGCAUGCCGAUUCUACGCUUAGAGUGCCCUCUGCCGGCAGCGUUGCUCCCUGCGUCCCGCCACUUUCUACCUCUCUUCUCUCACUCUCGGCCACCGUACAUGCCGCAGCGGCAGCGGCAGCUCAGAGCUUCCCGCUCUCUUUUGCUGGGGCAUUCCCAAUGCUGCCACCUAGUGCAGCGGCAGCAGUGGCUGCUGCAACAGCAAUCAGCCCACCGUUGUCCGUAUCAGCAUCUGCCAGCCCACAGCAAGCCAGUGGGAACGGAAGCAAUAAACCCUACCGACCUUGGGGGACUGAAGUUGGAGCUUUCUAAAAAAAUAAAUAAAUAAAU